AUGCGGACACCCAAUGUUACAACAGCUGUGGUCAAUGGCAGUAGCAAUAACAGCAAUGAUAAUAGCCACUAUAACCUUUGCCGCUCCGACGACAUUUACCAAAGGAAUAACAGUAACGACUAUAAUAGAAGAAACAAGUGGAAGCCUCUGCAUUUUGUAAUUGGUAUUGACGGCUCACUAAAGCCUGGAUAUAUAAACACGCUAGGCCCUAGUACCCCUGUGGCGCCAGUCCUAUCUAUCCUCGAUGAGAGUGUGUAUGGGCACAGCACUGGGGGCUCUGCAAACGCAGGGAGGCCAUUUAAUUACACGUCUGAGGAGGAGAAGCAACUAGUGAGGAAGAUUGAUUGGAAGCUAUUGCCUAUCCUAGGGAUGUCCUACGCCGUUUCGACCCUUACUCGGUUAAACCUAUUAAAUGUAGUAUUCUACGAGAUUGGCGAUGCGUUACACGUCACUCCUGAGCAGUUUCAGUGGUUCGUGUCAUUAUUUUUUGUCGGGUAUGGCCUCGCAGUGAUCCCAUUUAAUAUGGCGAUGUCCUAUUGGCCCCCCAAGGUUUGGUUACUGGCAUCUAUAUGCACUUGUGGCUCUAUUACAUUUAUACUUGCUUGGUCAAAGUCUUUUUAUUUAGCCCUACUAUUACGGCUCUUCCUUGGAGCUGCAAAUGCAGUGCUAAUCCCCUCUGUUCUAAUCUAUAUUUCUAUGUUCUACAAACGAUCAGAACAAACUUUCCGCAUAGCGGUCUUACAGGCAUUCAAUUUAUCUGGAGGCGCUCUUGGUGGAUUGAUCUCAAGAGCAGUGGGGCAAUUAGGUGGGAAACUAAACCUUACAGAGUGGCAGUGGAUCUUCAUCGUAGAGAGCCUUGCUAUCUUCGCCUUAGCUAUUAUCGUCUGGCCUACGUUAACAAGAUCUCCCGAGGUUGCUUCUUGGCUUAAUCAGCGAGAAACAGCGGUUGCGACCUUCAGACUCAGGAAUGACAUUAAAGUGAAAAAGAUGGGUACAAUCUCCCGAGAAAGCAUUUUUGCAACGUUAAAAGAUCCAAAGAUCUGCCUCUUCAUGGCUAUGAACCUGUGUAUAACUAUCCCCGGUAAUAUGAAUGCCCUUAUCCUCAAUAAAAGAUCAAGCUCUUGCCUGCUGCUUUCGGUGCCGAUAUAUAUCUCAGGAGCCAUCUCCGCCUUCUCGAUAACCAUCUUGGCAGGUCGUACGCGACAGAAGGGACUAGCUCUUAUGGGAAUAUCCGUCUUAAUAGCAGUAGGCUAUUGCAUAGAAGUGUUGACAUUGAAUAGCUAUGCCGACUACGCGGGAGUAAUCGUACUUGCAAUAGGACAGGCAGCUGCUGUUCCCGUUGUUACUGCGUGGCUGACGACUAAUCUAGGGGGUCACGCGAAACGUUCGAUAGCCAUGAGCAUGUUCAUAGUAUCGUCCAGUAUAGGAGGUAUCAUCGGGGCACAUCUCUAUCCGACUGCCGAUGCUCCACGCUACGUCCCUGGCCAUGUAGCUAACAUAUCUCUCUCACUCCUGGUCGUCCUCUUGGCAGCCGCUCAACGUUUUAUUCUGAAGCGUGAAAACUACCGACGUGAUUAUUCUAUGGGUUUUGUUGCCAAUCCAUUCAAACACCUACCCAUGGCAGAGCUGCUUGUUUCUGAUGAUAGACAUCCAGCAUUUCGAUAUACACUUUAG